AUGACGGAUGUUGCUUCUGGCUAUACAAAUCAUUUGACUUUUGAGAUACUACUGUCCAUUUCUACCUGCCUUUACCUUUCCAUGGAAAAUUUUUCGAAACAUUACGAAGUGCGAGAAAUGGUGCCGUCAGUACAUGAAACGAACACCAACGCCUACACCACCGACGCCUACGAAAGCUUUAGCACCGAGCAGAACCAAUUCAACACCAUCAAUAAACACAACAACAUUGGCGACAACAACGACAGCACCCGCUACCAACGCGACUACAGUGGUAAUAUCUACCAACGCGACAACAGCGACAACACCUGCUACUAGCGCAACAGCAACGACAGCAGCUACUACCAGCGCAACAGCAACAACAGCAACAACAAGCACAACAACACUGACGACAACCACGAUAACACCUACUAACAACGCGACAACUACGACAACAACUGUUACUAGCGCGACAACAAUGACAUCACCUGCUACCAGCGCAACAACUACGGCAGCACCUCUUACCAACGCGACUACAGUGACAAAAUCUGCUACCAACGUGACAAAAAAGACAACGCCUGCUACUAGCGCAACAACAACAACAGUAACAACAAGCACAACAACGUUGACUACAACCACGAUAUCACCUACUACCAACUCGACAACCAUGACAAUAAGUGUUAUCAGCGCGACAACCACUACUUCUUCCGGGGCACCAACGUUGGGCCCAUUACCACCAUUAGAAGGGCCAAGAGCAAUGCUUUGUGACAAGG